AUGAAAAAUACCUGUCUUGAGCCGAAUUUAGUGACGCUGUUAGUUUUCAUGCUGAUCAAUGGCCUUCUUGGAGCUGAAUUCGGCAAUGGUGAUCCAGAGGAUAAGAAAUGUGUAGUGAAGUUGUUGGAUCAUUUUGAGCACCCAGGUCCCAAUGGUCAGCAUCUAUGUAUGGUUUUUGAUUGUUUGGGGGAUAAUCUGCGGACUCUUAUGGACUCUUUUGAUGGUCGUGGGUUGCCCAUUCAAAUAGUAAAGGAGAUAUGCUUUCAUAGUUUGGUUGGUUUGGAUUAUUUGCGCAGACAGCUCUCAAUUAUACACACUGAUUUGAAACCAGAAAAUAUUGUAUUGCUAUCCAUGAUUGACCCAACCAAAGAUCCUAAGAAGUCUGGAGCCUCACUUAUUCUUCCUAACAGUAAAAACAAGACUAUAUUCGGCUCUAGCGUUACAAAGGAUGUCAAGACAUCCAAUGGGGAUUUGACAAAGAACCAAAAAAAGAAGAUUAAGAGAAAGGCUAAGAAAGCUGCUCAGGGUUGCGUGGGAAGGAAGCUUCUGGAGAAACUGAGAAAGAACCCGAAGCAUCUGGUGCUGCUGAAACUUCUGAUAGGUCAAAUUCAAAUCCAUGUUCCAUGGAAGGAAAACUAG